UCAAACUUUCUAAUAGCAUACAAAAAUUUUAUUAAAAAAAUCCAAUCUUUUCUAUAACCCACAAAAAAAGAUCAAAUAAAAUUGCUUGUGUAUAUCAUUUGCUUGAUAAAAAAUGGAAAUCCUGCCGGUGAAAUCACUUCCAGUUGGUUAUAGAUUUAGACCAACUGAUGAAGAAUUAGUAAGUCAUUACUUAAAGUUGAAGAUCAAUGGAUUUGAUAAAGAAGUUAGUUGUAUUCGCGAAGUGGAUGUUUGCAAGAAAGAACCUUGGGAUUUGCCUGAUUUGUCGGUGAUUGAAUCUAUAGACAAUGAAUGGUUCUUUUUCUGCCCCAAAGAUCGAAAAUAUCAGAAUGGGCAGCGAUCAAAUCGGGCUACGGUUUCUGGUUAUUGGAAGGCUACUGGAAAAGACAGGACUAUUAAAACUAGCAGGGGAAGUAAUGUGAUUGGAAAGAAGAAGACACUUGUGUUUUAUACUGGUCGAGCUCCAAAAGGGGAAAGGACUCAUUGGGUGAUUCAUGAGUAUUGUGCUACAGAAAAGGAGCUCGAUGGUACGCACCCUGGACAGAGUCCAUAUGUGCUUUGCCGUUUGUUUAAGAAGCAUGAUGGGAAGGAUGAGAAUGGUGAAAGUUUCGAAUGCGCUGAUGUUGAUCAGAGUGAUGCAUCUCCUCUUUCGGCUGUAAAGUCGUCCACCGAAGAUGUUCAAUCAGAGCCUGCAACUCCAAUAUUGACUGGUCAAUCAAAUGUUCAGCCUUCAAAUGAUGACCUGCUGAAAAUUGAGUAUUCCGAGGAUAAAAAUGACCCUUUGGAUUUUCUUGAUGCUUCGUUCACGGCCCAUGACAUUGUGCCUGCCAACUAUCAGAUGCAGUCAGAUUUUGAUAUAGAUGAAGCUCUACAACAUUUCUUGGAUUCUACACCGGAACAUUUUGAUUCGAAGAUCUUCUCUCCUGAGCAUUCUCAUAUGCAAAUGCAGCUUGGACCUGAGUAUCUGAAUAACUAUGGAAUUUUGAACCCUGGAAACGAACAAUAUGGAAUGCAGAAUCAGUAUGGGACGAAUGGAAUGGAGUUCGUGAACAGCUUCCUAGUUGAUUCAGAUCAGGUUUCUUUCGUUGAUUCUGUUUAUAAAGGGGAUUUUACUCAAACUUCCAUUCCUGAAACUCGGGCUAAGGAGCACGAGUAUAGUAGCGAGUCAGAUGGUGAAGUCAUCCAAGUACAGCCUAAAGAAGCUUUAGAAAUUGGGAUGGGUCAGAGCUCUUUCCUCCAAAACCCUAAAAUUGAAGAAAAUUUCGUCUUUCAUAAUCCUCCAGAAGUCGAUGAAUAUUCUUGCAGCAGCAGUAGAAACAUUGCGUUGGCAUCCAAUGGUGACAAUAAUUUCGGAACAGGCAUUAAAAUAAGGCAGCGGCAGCUGCAGAGUGAUGCUAAUGGAGCAAGCUUUGCUACCCAAGGAACUGCACCAAGAAGAAUCCGUUUGCAGAAGAAAAUACAAACAACGUUGAGUACCACUCCUGGCGAACCAAGAAAAUCACUGACUGAGGACAAAGAAACCCAUGAGAAGCAUAACCGAACUGCUAUGGAUGCCGUCUCAACAACUAAUGGAGAACAUGAUCAAGUAUUCAAGUCAAGUGUGAAGCCCAAAGCUGAUUUUCUGUUAGGCGUGCGCAUGCAUAUGCAUAAGGUGCUUGUCGUUCUGGGCUUAUGUGUAGGAAUAGCCAGUUUAUGGAAAUGCUUAGCUUAUUGAGGGAACCAUGUCGUAGGGAAUAAUAGCUGACUGCCUUUUUCUGUGACUUAGUAGGCGUAGAUGAGUGGGAACCGAUGACUCUUUUUUGUUCAUAUGACUUAUCUAUCGGUGUAUUAUUUUAGUAUGGUCAAAGUUUAAAUUAUGAGAGAUUUGUUAGAUUCAUGUGUA